AUGAAGACCAACUCCAUUCUCCUCCUAGCCUCGGCCGCGGCCAGCGUCUACGCCCAGGCGACGUACGAAGACGGCAAGUACACCUGCGCCAAGGCUAACGUCGCCUACUGCGCCGGUGCCUCGCACGCCACCGAUAUCAUCAUCCGCUGCGACGCCAACAAGGUCGGCGUGGCUGGCCGCUGCACCGACAACCUCGGCGGCAAGCCCUCGCUCUGCUCCCAGACCUCCGAGACCGCCGGCGACGCCGUCUGCGAGAUCUCCACCGGCGAGCCCACCGAAACCCACACUUUCAUCAACCCCGGCACCGAGUCCGGCGCGCCCACCGAGACGCACACCUUCAUCAACCCCGGUACCGAGUCCGGCAAACCCACCGAAACCCACACUUUCAUCAACCCGGGCACCGAGUCCGCCGGCGAGCCCACCGUCACCCAUACUUUCAUCAACCCGGGUACCGAGAGCGCCGAGCCCACCCUCACUUGGACCUUGACCAACCCUGGUUCUUCCUUCCCGCCUUCGGGCACCGCCUCGGCGCCGAGCACCAUCACGACUGUGUUUACCAACCCUGGCUCGACUGGUACUGGUAGCGGUGGCAAGCCGCCUGCUAGCACGAGCAGCAUUGCGACUGGUGGUGCGCCCGUUGUUGGUGGGGGUGUGGCUGGAGGUGUGUUGGCUGCUGUUGGUGGGUUGGCUGCUCUUUUGCUAUAA